UCAGCUUCAUCAGCUCAAGCCUUCUCCUUUAGCAAUCACACCGAACCUUUCCACCACCCCCUCUUGAGUUCAGUUCUCUUUGUCUCUUACAAGGCCAACAUGGGCGUCAUCACCUAUUCGCAAGAGAUCACAAGUGUUGUUGCACCGUCAAGGAUGUUCAAGGCUUUGUUCCUUGACUCACAGAAUAUGCUGCCCAAGAUUGUUCCCGAGGGCAUCAAGAGCAUUGAGUUCAUUGAGGGAGAUGGUGGAGUUGGUAGCAUCAAGCAAACCAACUUCGGUGAAAGCUCCCACAUCAAGUACAUCAAGCACAAGAUCGAUGCUCUUGAUGCGAGCAGCUUUUACUGCAAAUAUACUAUGAUUGAAAGUGAUAUAAAAUUUGACAAGAUUGACUUGGUUGUGGAAGAUGUGAAAUUCGUUGCUGCUGGUAGUGGAUGUGUCUGCAAGAUGACCAGCGAGUACCACGUCCAAGAGGGUUGUGAGCUCAAGGAGGAGGAUAUCAAGAAGGGUAAAGACAGAGCUAUGGGAUUGUACAAGGCUAUUGAGGAGUACCUUGUGGCCAAUCCUGAUGUUUGUGCUUAA